UAUGCAAAGCAUCUCAUUUUAGGGGGGAUUUGUUUUGUGAAUUUAUACGAAACAAUGCUGUCGAUAGUGUCAAGUUUUAUUUUUGUCUUGUGUGCAUUUUGUGUAUCGACAGAAGAAGAAUUUCCUGUUGUUAAUACAAAAUUGGGACCGAUACGUGGACGUUAUCUUGAAUCUCGUUUGGGCAACAAAUUUCUUUCUUUUCGCGGAAUAAGAUAUGCCGAAGCACCAGUAGGAGUUUUAAGAUUUCAGCCGCCCAUUCCUGUGAAAACAUGGAAUGAAACGUUCGAUGCUACAGAAGAUGGGCCAAUAUGCGUACAAGAGACACAAGAUCCUUCCAUCAUCACAGAAGAUUGCCUCCGCCUUAACGUUUACACAAUAAACAAAUCUCCGGACCGAAAUCGUGCCGUAAUAAUUUAUUUUCAUCCUGGUGGAUUUUACGAGUUAUCUAGUCAAAGUAAAUUUGUGGCUGGACCGGAGUAUUUGAUGGAUCAUGACAUCGUGUUUGUUACAGCCAAUUAUCGUUUGGGAAUAUUGGGAUUUCUCAGUACAGGUACAAAAGAAGCUCCCGGCAACAAUGGUCUAAAAGAUCAAGUUGUCGCAAUGCGAUGGGUUCAAGAAAAUAUUGAACAAUUUGGAGGAAAUCCUAAUUCAGUUACGAUUAUGGGAUACAGUGCUGGAGCUAUUAGUAAUUCAUUACAUAUGGUAUCGCCAAUGUCUCAGGGUCUUUUCCAUAGAGUCAUUGUAAUGAGUGGAUCAGCAAGUGCGCAGUGGUCGAUUCCAUCUGAUCAAUUGGAUUUAGCGAAAAAACAAGCUCGUUUAUUGAACUGUUCAGACGAAUCAAUCGACAGUAUUAUGGAAUGUUUGAGAAAAGCCACCAAGGAAGAUUUCUCCAAAACAGUUCGUGACAUGUUUGAAUUUGCUGUAUCCAAUCCGAUUAUUCUGUUUAAGCCCGUUGUUGAGCGUGAUUUUGGACAAGACAGAUUUUUGACUGAAGACCCCACAUGUUUGAUUCAAAGUGGGAAAUUCCCUAAAAUUGAAGUUUUAGCCGGAGUUACGGAGCACGAAUUUCUUUUUCCAGCUAUCGACAUACUCAAAAACGAUAGUUAUCGCCAACAAAUGAGUACAAAUUUCGCGAAAUUAUCACCAAUAUGUUUUCUGUACGAACGUGAUUCGACAAAUUCCGAACGAAUUUCAUCCAAUCUAAAGUCGUACUAUUUUGGUAAUUCCAAUUCAUCAGAUUGGCUAACAUUUGAUGGACUAAGAAAGUUAUCAGCAGAUGGAAUUAUUGGUUUUGGAAUGCAUCGCUUCAUGAAACUAGUCAAUGUGCAUACAACAGUGUAUCGAUAUGAGUUCAACUACACUGGUCGUUACAGUCACACAUACUAUCCAGCUGAUAAGCCUUAUGGCGCUGUUCAUCAUGAUGAUUUACUUUAUCUUUUACGUGUUCCCGUCAUGACACCAAUGUUUAACAAAACAGACCCAGAAAAUCCUAUUGUCGAAAAUAUGACUGGAUGGUGGACGAAUUUUGCUAGCACUGGCAAUCCAAAUGUAGGCGCAUUCAAAUCUUCUGUAGAAUGGUUACCAUCAACUACUCAAGAAGGUCAAUAUUUGGAAAUUAAUGAAACACCAACCAUGAACAAACAACUCUUUGCUGAUAGAUAUAGCGUUUGGGAUACACUUUUCCCAAUCGAGUGUCCAAAUUGAAUAGUUUCACAAAAAGGCUUUACUUUUCUUUUAUAAAUUACAACUUCCAACCAAUGAAACUAUGAAUAUUCAGAAUAAACAUUAUUUGAAAAAGAGCCAAUCGAUACUAUGUUGUUUCUUGAAGAUUGUAUACAAUAAAAAGCAAUAAAAACAA